CUGCUGGAGGGGGACAGAUCGCAGCCCGGGCUUCACCAGCUGCUGUACUUUCUGUUACAAGUUUUUAGUCUUUUAUUUUUCCCUUACGACACUUAGUAUUGUGCACGCGCCCCAUGACUGAUCGUGCGGGAUCUGCGGGCUGAUCGCACAGGCCACCGGGUUCCAUAACUCCCAGUAACUUUUCGGACCGAUCCCUGCAGCUACAAGCACGAUAUUGUGCAGCAUGGUGUCCCGCAUGCUGUUCCGGGCGGUGAUCAUGGGGCCCCCGGGCUCAGGGAAGGGCACGAUCUCCGACAGGAUCGUGAAACAUUUCGCUCUCAAGCACUUGUCCAGCGGAGACUUGCUGAGGCUGAACAUCCAGAAGAAGACAGAAAUUGGUGUACUGGCAAAAUCUUACAUAGAACAGGGUCAGCUUGUCCCAGAUGAUGUGAUCACCCGACUAAUCAUACAAGAGCUAAAUAACUUUGGUGAACAUAACUGGCUGCUAGAUGGUUUCCCAAGAACCGUUCCUCAAGCACAAGCCCUUGAUAAGGCCCAUCAAAUAAACACUGUAAUCGACUUAAACGUUCCAUUUCAGACCAUUAAGGAUCGUCUCACUGCACGAUGGAUCCACCCUGGUAGUGGAAGAGUAUAUAACACAGAAUUUAAUCCACCGAAAGUUUCAGGAAUUGACGAUCUUACUGGAGAACCACUAAUUCAACGUGAAGAUGACAAGCCAGAGACUGUUACUAAAAGACUAAAAGCCUACGAGGCUCUCACAAAACCAGUCCUGGAAUAUUACAAAAAUAAGGGGGUCCUGGAAACGUUUUCUGGAACUGAAACCAACAAGAUCUGGCCCCAUGUUCUUUCAUUCCUGCAAACAAAGCUUCCUGAUGUGACUCAAGAGUAGCUGAAGACGGGGAAGGAGAUGAAACUGGGACUACUAGUUGCCAUCUGCUGAACAUGAAUAUUUUUAUCAUUUUAAUGUGAUGCUUUUAAUUUUUUAUUUCACGCCUGCUAUUUUACUGCCUUUUUGAUUUUUUUUUUCUCCUGAGAAUUAUAGUAUUGCCUGUAAGAUCAAAUCUUAUUUUUAAUAGCGAUUUAACCCAUGAAAUUUUAAGAAAAGAUCAUGUUCACACAUCCUUUAAAAGAAAAAAAAUCAGUUUAUGGCCGUUUUGCAAAAAAAAAAAAUGGUUGUUUUAUAGCCAUUUCUGUCUGAAUAAAAUGCUUAUUUUAAGGCAUGUGAUCAUGGCCUUAAUGGAAAUAAUGAAACAAAAUAAUAGCAUUUUAAACAUUAUGAGCUUUUGCUUCUCUGUACUUUUUCUUUUAUUCUUCAUGCUGCCUUAAGUGAUUCUAGCAUUUUUAAUAACAGUCAAAUGUUGGGUUUGCACUUACGUACGUUUUUCACAGUAAUGGCCCAGUUUGCCUAAGAUUUAUUUUCCAGAGUUUUCCCUUCAAAUUACAUUUUGUACCUGUAUUUCCUAUAGACUUGUAUGGAGCUGACUGCACAUGUUCUCCACACAUCUUUAUCCAUUAACAGUUAACCUUAUUAGAAGGUAUGGAUUAGAGAUGAGCGAACUUACAGUAAAUUCGAUUCGUCACAAACUUCUCGGCUCGGCGGUUGCUGACUU